UCUGAUAUGCAUGUUAUAAGUGAUUAUACCGGUCGAAUGAUCGCGAUGUAAUGUGCCUUGUUUUAAACAUGCGUAUCAGAAAAUGCAAAUGCAAAAAAUCCAAGAUACCGAAAAUUGUUACCUUAUAGAUAGCAGUUGUAAUAUUAUCGGUAAACCAACCGGUUUCUUGACGUUGAUUUAGCGCAGGUCGUAUGCGAUAUGUGUGCACAAAGUAGGUGUGCAUUUUGGUAAUCUGCACCCUUCUGAAUACAAUUAUAAUCUCUGAAGCCGCUUGACAGUCCUUCCGCGCAAGGUGAUACAACAGUACGAGAUAAAACUGAACAAACUAGGCCACAACGAAAGGGUAUACUGACAUCUUAUCGUGAUGCUAGCAGGAUUUAAAAAGGAGUCUUCACUCCAUGACAUCAACGAUUUAAUUACCACGAUCGUCAUUAGCAGUUUUAAAAGGUCUAGGGUUCGCACGACUUGUGAUCCUAAACGAUUUUACUCAAUUAUACUGAUAAAAUGUUACCAAAUCUACUUAUAUCAAAACAAAUUAUUAUUCUCAUUACAUUAUGGUGUUCUUCUGUACAUUCGGAACGAUGGGAAAGUGGUUUGCGCCAAAGAUACGAUGGCUAUGGAGAGGAUUGGAUAUUCAUGCCUGAUGGUAAUGGGCAACCUCAAGUAGCGGUAUUAAAAAUACAAGAUACCGAAACGAGAGGCAGCAUAUUGGACGGAUCGGAGAUAGUUUACGUAAUUUACACUCGAUCCAAUCCGAAAGAAGGCACACGAGUGACUCUAAAUAAUACCUCGAAUCUCAUUAAUUCCGACUUUAAACCUUCGCGAAAAACGAAAUUCAUUACGCACGGCUGGAAGUCAAGUGCCAUGAGCACCGGGAUUUUGAACAUGAAAGAAGCUUUUCUUACUCAUGGCGAUUAUAACGUUAUCCUCGUGGAUUGGGAACCUUUGGCUGCGAGCACGUUUUACUUGGGACCGAUGCAAAACACCGUAAGAGUCGGGACUGAUGCUGCCAAUUUCAUAAAUUUCUUAGUGAAGGAGACUGGAUUAAAGACCGAGGACGUUCACUUUAUCGGCCAUUCUCUCGGUGCACAUGUGGCUGGAAACGCGGGCGGUUCGAUGACUGCUGGAAAAUUGAGCAGAGUAACGGGUUUAGAUCCAGCGUUACCGGGAUUCCACAUGCUCUCUUCUGAAAAGACUCGAUUAGAUUCUACCGAUGCAGUAUUCGUUGACGUCAUACAUUCCUGCGCAGGUGUCUUAGGCUUUCUUCAACCUCUGGGAAAAGCAGACUUUUAUCCCAACGCUGGUACGGCGGUUCAGCCUGGAUGUUGCUGCGUUCCCGAAAUAAUGGAGGCUUGCAGUCAUGGACGGUCAUAUGAAUACUUUACCGAAAGUAUCAAUUCGAAAACAGGAUUCUCGGCGACAAAAUGCGAUAGUUGGGAUUCGUAUAUGAACGAUAAAUGCGCCAAUUCGCAAGUGGUGCUCAUGGGAGAGCAUGUCGAUCAAACUGCAAAGGGUCUAUUCUUUCUCAGAACGAGAUCGAAUUCACCUUACGCCUACAUACCGAAAGUAAUUAAUAACAAUAUCUAAGUAAAGACGAUAUCCAUACAAGCAAUUGUUGUAGGAUGCAUACGUAUAUCGAAAUAAUUUAUAUACCCUACAUAGAGAGAGGUUGCUCAUGGUUGCAAGAACAGCAAAUAUAAAAUAUUUGGCUUUAAUAAAUAAUAAUUACAUUAUUUUACACAUGACUGAGGUAUAAUAACCAUAGCGACAAACGAACAUUUUUGAAUAUUGUAAUAUACCCUGACCUCCAAAAUUUCGCUUUACGCAUCAAUCGUGUCUUGGCACCUAUACUACUUUAUGAUAGUUAAGAAACAAGCAGCACCAAAAAAAUACGGGAAUGACUUAAUAUUAAAUUGGUUUAUAAAGCAAAGUAGUAACAUACUUUUUGCGAUAGCGAUGCGUAGCUGAUAAGACCAUUACACUGUCCUUAAUACUUAAAGCAUAAAGAUGAUUUAGCAUAACGUGAUUUGGUUCAGGUAGAAGAGUAGGCUCGCACUGAAAAAAGAAUAAAUACAAUAAGAGUUUUGUUAAAUUUUAUCUAUAAACUAUUUCUUUUCCAAUGUAACUUACGGAUAGCGGUGUAUCCUUGUUAAGAAUAACUUGUAACAGGUGCGGUGGUAAGAUAGGCGGACCAGCUACUUUCUCCCAAGGCUUAUGUGGUGGUAUUUCUUGUCCAUAUUCUGUUUGAGUACUACUACUAACACCCUCGCUGUCUUUUGCGAGAGCUUGAAAUACUUCAAAAUCAGAUUUCCUUACAGAGACUAAAUUG